AUGGAGACGCGCCACAACGUGUGCAGCGUGCAGUUCAGCCCUGAGGUAUCGCACCUGCUGGCCGCGGGCAGCGUGAACCACAAGGUCCACCUGUUUGACAUCCGCAAGACCUCCCAGCCCCUCACCGUUGCCCCCGGCCACGGCAAGGCCGUCUCAUACGUCCGCUUCCUCCCCAACGGCCGCCUCGUCAGCGCCUCCACCGACGGCACCCUCCGCGUCUGGUCGGUCGCCGCGCUGUCCGCCGCCGGCGCGGGCGGCGGCGGCGAGGCCGCGCUCGAGGCCGCGUGCGAGGUGGUCCUGCGGGGCCACCAGAACGAGCGGAAUUUCAUCGGGCUCUCCGCGUCCCCCGAGUCGUACAUCGCCUGCGGCAGUGAAACGAAUGAGGUGGUCUGCUACCACCGCUCCCUGCCGCCGCCCGUCGCGCGCCACUGCUUCAGCGGCCGCCGCGCGGGCGGCGGCGCCGGCGAGCGCUGCAGCCGUGGCGCGUGCGGCGCGGGGUUUGGCGGGCGGUGCUCGCUGCACGGCGGCGGCGGCGGGGGCGGCGCGGGCGAGGCGGCGGGGGUGGGCGAGGACAGCCACUUUGUCAGUAGCGUCUGCUGGAGCAAGCGGCACGGCACGCUCCUGGCGGGCAACUCGGCCGGCCACAUCAAGGUGCUGCAGCUGAUCUGA